AUGUUUAACAACAACGAAUCUCAGUUUGAUCCGUCUUUCAAGCACUCGAGUCGAUAUUCGCAAACAGCGGCUCGAUACGGGAAAGCAGAAAAUGGGCCGCGACCGGGGAGUGAUGUUGAAAACGGAAACUGGGCGGCGCAACAACAGUCGAUGAACUUGAUGCAAAACGCUCCGCCGGCGAUUAACACCGGCAGAGGAAAUGGAAACGCUCACGCUGGUGCUUCGAGUGGCUCGUACAAUCAACAAUAUCACCAACAACACCAUCAAGAUCACCACAGGACGAAUUACGGGACGAACCACGGCGGACGCAGUCCAAACGGCGGACAAAUGGACGAAAGUUUAAUCGACCGAGAUUACUUGCGAGAACACCGCGAAGGUCAAGAAAGGUUUCGCAGGAACACGUGCAUUGGAAUUCUUGGGGCUUCCGUAGUCUCUGUUAUUGGGUGUUACUCCUACUAUGGCGUCUCGCAAGGGAAAAGCGCCGGCGCGAGCUUUACGUCUCUUUUGCCAUGGUCGUCUUCCGACGCGGCAGACGAUGAUUACUCCGCCGCGACGUCGUCGUCGUCGAAGCACCACCACCACUCUUCUUCUAAGAACGAUUCUGGCGAUGAUUACGACAAAGCGCCCCUCGAAGACGACGACGAGGACGACUCCGGUAAGACUUCUUCCAGAAAGAAACACAAGGAACUCUUCUCGAAAACAUCCAAACUCGUCGAUAACGACGAAGCAGAUGGCGAAAGCGAAAGCGAUUACGACGGAUCGUCCUCCUCGAAGAAGUCGAAAAAGAAGAGCUCCAAAAAACACGGGGGCGAUGAUUCGGAGGAAGAGGAAGAAUCCGGCGAGGAGGCACCAAGCGAAGACGAACAAGCGCUCAUUGAUUCUGUCACGCAGGAUUUGAAAGAGUCCGUGAAGAACGCGCAAAAAGCCAAGAAAGCGGCAAAAAAGAUUGGCAAAGCUGAGAAGGAAGAGGUCAUCGAUCCGCGAACAGAGAUUGACGCCACGAGAGCAGAGCUUCUCAAAAACGCCGGUAUCGAAGAGGAAGAGGACGAGGCUACCGGUGAAAAGAACGAGAAAUUGUUGGACGGUGAAGUCGAUCCUUUAGUUGCCGGUUUGUUGACUAAAGACAUGCAAAAAGCGGAGGAGCGCAUCAAAUUAGUCAAAGGCACGCAUUCUCACAACAAAAAAGAAGCGAGAGAAGCGGAAAAGGCUUUGUACGAGUAUGACGCUAAAAUUGAAAUGGAGAAGGAAGAAAAGAUUCGCAAGAAGCAACAAGCUGCGAUUGAUGCUGAGAAGGCGAAAUACGAAGAAGCUGCCAGACGCGAAGUCGGAGAACAAGAAAAGAAAAACAAAAUACACGCGGAAGAAGAGAGAAUGAAGAUGGAAAUUGCCAAGGCGAAAGCGGACGCUGCGACGAAAAUUGCCAUGGCGAAGGCCAACGAAGUUUCGAGCAAAGCCGCGGCGGAAGACAAAGUCAUGCAAGAGAUUGAAUCCAAGAUGCAUCCGAAAGAAGAUGAAGACGAUAAGACGCCAAGUACUUGGAGUUUGAGUUCUGAUCCAAUCGACGGUGCUCGCAGUGAUGACGAUGUCGACAACUUUGUCGAGCAAGCUGAAAAGGAAGGCGCGCACGUGUCCAAAGAAGACAAAGAAACAUUAGAAGAGGCACAAAGAGAGCGCAUGGUUGCCGAAGAGCAACUGAUUGAAGCAAAGAUGGAAGCUGCUAAAGUUCAAGCUCAAGCACAAGACAUCAUGAAGGCUGCCGAAACCAGAGCGGCUGAAGCGGCUGCGGAAGCGAAGAAGGAAGCGCAAGCCGAAAUCGACGCCGCCAAGUCGGAAACCGAGAAAGCGAAAGCUUCUGCUCAAGCCCUUUUAAGUCAUCAACAAGCGACUGAGGAAGAAAAAGUCAAGUUAGAGACGGACUUAGAGAACGAAAAGUCCAAGGAAGGAGACAUUGCGAGAGAAGCUGCUAUUUCAGCUGCGAAUAUGUUGCAAGAAGGAAAGGAUGCCUCGGCGUCAACUUCUGCUUCCGCGAAGGGGGAGGAAGAAUCGCCUGCCACAACUGAAACGGAGACGGAGAUCGCAUCGGCGGAAACCACUUCAGAAAAUGCAGUCGUGGAUGACGAGAAGUUACCGGAACCUUGGAAAGCCGUGUUAGAUAGCGAUUCCGGGAAGACGUACUAUUGGAACACGGAGACGCAAGAAACUUCGUGGGACAAACCAUCGCGAAAAUAA